GAAUUUGACCAUGGUGAAACUAUUUUCUUCUCUCUCCUCUUCGUUUCAUGCAAAAAGUAUAGUUUUGCUGAUAUAACACUCUAAUAAAUGUGCAUAACAUCCUGGUCAAAGUUCCACUAAGACUAGCCUAAUGCUAUUUUAUUGAGAGAGUUAUAUUGGAGCACCGGUGGAGAUGCUCUAUGUGCGCCGCCCUUGCACAAUCGUACUACAUAGAGAACUGAACAAAUCCCCUACGGUCCUCAUCAAUUUUGCUCCUUGGCCUCAAAUCAUCAAUCAUGCCCGGAGUCUUGUACCAGCUCGUCGUCGUGUUCGCCAUCUGCGCCCUUUCCAGCGGCAGCAUCGCGGUCGCCUCAGUUUUCGAUGCGACCGACGCGUUCCUCGUCUGCCUCGUCGACGCCGGCGUCCCGCCGCGCCUCCUGCAGACCCCGGCGUCCCCGUCGUACUCUGCCCUUCUGCUCUCCUCCGUGCGCAACCUCCGCUACGUCACGCCGGGCACCCCGCGCCCGCUCGCCAUCGUGGCCGCCGCGGAGCCCGCCCACGCGCAGGCGGCCGUACGCUGCGGCCGCCGCCACGGCGUGCGCGUCCGCGCCCGAAGCGGCGGGCACGACUACGAGGGCCUAUCCUACGCCUCCCUGGACCCCCGCGAGCGCUUCGCCGUGCUGGACCUCGCCGCGCUCCGCGACGUCCGCGUCGACUCCGCGCGCGCCGAGGCGUGGGCCGGGUCGGGAGCCACGCUCGGCGAGGUCUACUACGCCGUCGCCGCCGCCAGCCGCGUGCUCGCGUUCCCCGCGGGGAUCUGCCCCACGGUCGGCGUCGGCGGGCACCUCAGCGGCGGCGGGUUCGGCACGCUGAUGCGCAGAUACGGCCUCGCCGCGGACAACGUCAUUGACGCCGUCCUCGUCGACGCCGACGGGCGGCUCCUGAACCGGACCACCAUGGGGGAGGACCUGUUCUGGGCCAUCCGCGGUGGCGGCGGAGAGAGCUUCGGUGUGGUACUGUCUUGGAAACUCCGCCUCGUGCGCGUGCCGGAGACAGUCACCGUGUUCACCGUGCGCCGGUCAAUAAGCCAGUCCGCCACGGAUCUCCUCACCAAAUGGCAGGCAAUCGCGUCGGCGCUGCCGCGGGACCUCAUCCUCCGAGUCGUCGUGCAGAACCAGCACGCGCAGUUCGAGGCCUUGUUCCUCGGCCGCUGCAGCCGCCUCCUUGACCACAUGCGAGCUCACUUCCCCGACCUUGGCGUCACUCAACCGGACUGCGAGGAGAUAAGCUGGAUCCAGUCCGCCGUCUACUUCGCCUUCUACUCCAGCUCCAAGCCGCUGGAGCUGCUCCUGGACAGGAGCGGCGAGACGCGCAGGUACAUCAAGGCCAAGUCCGACUUCGUGCAAGAACCCAUCCCGCGGCACGUGUGGGAGAGCACAUGGUCGUGGCUGGAGAAGCCGGAGGCCGGGCUGCUCAUCCUGGACCCCUACGGCGGCCGGAUGGGCAGCAUCUCGCCGUCAGCGACGCCGUUCCCGCACCGGAAGGGGAACCUCUACAACAUGCAGUACUACUCGUACUGGUUCGAGAAUGGCACUGCGGCAUUGGAGAAGCGGAUGAGCUGGGCCAGAGGGCUGUACGAGCAGAUGGAGCCGUAUGUAUCCAAGAACCCAAGAACUGGCUAUGUCAACUACAGGGAUUUGGAUCUUGGGACGAAUGAGUUGGAGGACAAUAAUAAUGUGACUAGCUACGCCAAGGCGAAGAUCUGGGGGGAGAAGUAUUUCAAAGGCAAUUUUGAGAGGCUGGCAGCUGUGAAGGCCAUGGUGGAUCCUGAUGACUUCUUCAGGAAUGAGCAGAGCAUCCCUCCCCUUCCUGCUGCAAAAGGAUGGAGCUCCAUUUGAGCGGAGGAGGUCUCUUGUUUAUUUCGUUGCUUUCGUGGUGGCGGGGGAUUGCUUGACUGCGAUUGUGAUGCGAUCACCAUUGCUGAGGAUUUGCAUUGGUGAAGUGUAAAAUGUAAUGUAUUUUGUGUUCACUAGUUGAGCUGAGUUCUCUUUGUUUUGUUUUAAAUCCUCAUCUUAGAUCAGGGUACAAAUAAUAAGUGGAUCAAUACUGUUUUUUUUUUUGGUUC